AACCUCUUGUUUUUUAUGAAUGAGUGAAUUUGGCAGUUUUUGGUUUUUAUUUGUGUUUGACGUUUGAUCUACUCUGACGAGUGAAGUUAUCAAUUCAAACAGACAUUUAUACUUUGUAGGUUAAUUUAAAAAAUGUCUAGUGGCAUAAUUCUAGCUGGUCUCGGUUUAGCAGCUGUUGGAUAUGGUGCAAGAUUCGCACUUCGUAGACUGCCAGGUGUGACGAGUACGUUCAAACAGACCCUAGAAAAUUUACCCAAAUUCGAUGCAGAGUCAAUGGCUAAUUCAAAAUAUUACAAGGGUGGCUUCGAUCCAAAGAUGAAUAGAAGGGAAGCUGCAUUGAUUCUUGGUAUUACGCCAUCUUCUAACAAACUUAAAAUAAAAGAGGCUUUCAAGAAAGUUAUGGCUGCGAAUCACCCAGAUAGAGGUGGAUCCCCCUAUAUCGCGUCCAAGAUUAAUGAGGCAAAGGAUUUCUUAGAGAAGCACAGUCGAUAAUGCAAUAGCAAUUUAUUACAUGUAAAAAAACAAUGUAAAAUGUAAUGUAUAUAAUUCUAGUUGAAAAAUAACUUUGAUAUCAUCUUUG